CUAAACCCUAAACCUAAACCCUGAGGCUCUCCACCUCUGCGGAGCUUCUUGUUGUGUUUGAGACCAGUUACAGAGAGAGACCAUGUUGCGUAGAAACGUUCGGCUGAGGAGGGAGUACUUGUACAGAAAGAGCUUAGAAGGCAAAGCUCGAUUGCUCUACGAAAAGAAGCGCAAAAUCCGAGAAAUUCUUGAAGAGGGAAAACCAAUUCCCACUGAGCUUAGGAACGAGGAGGCAGCCCUUCGCCAUGAAAUUGAUCUGGAGGACGAAAGUACUGCUGUUCCAAGAAGUCACAUCGAUGAUGAGUACGCCAAUGCAGCAGAAAAGGAUCCUAAAAUUUUGCUAACUACAUCUAGGAACCCAAGUGCUCCACUCAUACAGUUUACAAAGGAACUAAAGUUAGUCUUCCCAAAUGCGCAACAAAUUAAUCGCGGUGGUCAGGUUAUUUCUGAAAUUAUUGAAACCUGUCGUGCUCAUGAUUUCACUGAUGUUAUUUUGGUCCACGAGCAUCGUGGAGUACCAGAUGGCUUAAUUAUAAGCCAUCUGCCUUUUGGCCCAACUGCUUAUUUCCAAUUACUCAAUGUGGUUACAAGACAUGACAUUAAGGACAAAAAAGCCAUGGGAACAAUGCCUCAGGCUUACCCUCAUUUGAUUCUUAACAAUUUCACAACUAAGGUGGGUGAAAGGGCAUCUAAUAUUUUGAAGCAUCUCUUUCCUCCUCCAAAGCCAGAAACAAAACGCAUAAUUACUUUUGCCAAUCAGUCUGACUAUAUUUCAUUUAGGCAUCAUAUUUAUGAGAAGCAGGCAGGUCCAAAGUCUGUUGAGCUCAAGGAGAUUGGUCCUAGGUUUGAGUUGCGGCUUUUCCAGAUAAAGUUGGGAACAGUAGAUCAAAGUGAAGCACAGACAGAAUGGGUCAUCCGACCUUAUAUGAAUACAUCAAAGAAGAGGAAGUUUCUUGGGGAUUAACACAACUGCAUCAUCCACUUUACUCUUGCUUUUCAUGAGUAGAUGAUUUUUGUUUUGUUCAAAUUCCUCCUAAUUAAUAUUCUUCUAGAAAGAAAUGUAGUUUUUCAUGUUAUGUCUUUCUAUGCCAUUCUUUAGUGAAUGGUCAUUUCCCAAUUGGUGGUCAAUGUAAAAUUUUUGAUAGUAAGAUCUUAAUAUUGAGCCUGUUUUGCAUACCACAAAUACCCCAUCUUCUUUGACAAUAUAUAUCCUUGUCAAAUAUUACCGUAUCAUACGUUUUUUUUUUGGGUACAUCUUCACACAAUUUUCUUGCGGCAUUUCACGAUAAAAUUGUUGGCAGUUCAUGAUUCAUGUGGAUUGAUUUGAGCCUUAUUCUUAUU